GUUUAUUUUUUUGGGUUGGUUUGUCCAGUCGAGUCUCUCUGGAAUAGCGUAAGAGAAUGAACUCCCUCAGCUUCAUAGAGUCCAAUGAAAGCUGCUGAAUAAUGUUCCCUUGUUAACAUAUUGAAUUCCACACCCUCUAUAUAGAAUGAACUCCCUCAGCUUCAUAGAGUCCAAUGAAAGCUGCUGAAUAAUGUUCCCUUGUUAACAUAUUGAAUUCCACCCCCUCUAUAUAGAAUGAACUCCCUCAGCUUCAUAGAGUCCAAUGAAAGCUGCUGAAUAAUGUUCCCUUGUUAACAUAUUGAAUUCCACACCCUCUAUAUAGAAUGAACUCCCUCAGCUUCAUAGAGUCCAAUGAAAGCUGCUGAAUAAUGUUCCCUUGUUAACAUAUUGAAUUCCACCCCCUCUAUAUAGAAUGAACUCCCUCAGCUUCAUAGAGUCCAAUGAAAGCUGCUGAAUAAUGUUCCCUUGUUAACAUAUUGAAUUACACCCCCUCUAUAUAGAAUGAACUCCCUCAGCUUCAUAGAGUCCAAUGAAAGCUGUUGAAUAAUGUUCCCUUGUUAACAUAUUGAAUUCCACACCCUCUAUAUAGAAUGAACUCCCUCAGCUUCAUAGAGUCCAAUGAAAGCUGCUGAAUAAUGUUCCCUUGUUAACAUAUUGAAUUCCACCCCCUCUGUAUAGAAUGAACUCCCUCAGCUUCAUAGAGUCCAAUGAAAGCUGCUGAAUACUGUCCCCUUGUCCCCGCCUCUCAGCGAUCGCCAUGCCGUCCCAUUCCCGAAUCUUCCACCACUUCGAGUGCGUGCAGGGACAAGUGACGCUGGGGAACUUCAAGAUGCGGUGCAAGCAUUGCAGGAGAGAAGUAUCGGGGUCCUGCAAGGCAACCUCCAACUUCUACACACACAUGAAGAGGCACCACGCAGACAUCUACCAGGAGCUGAAAGAACCCCUCCCUGCUUCCGAAACCGCACCCAGGGAGCCCCGCCUGACCCCCCCCUCCUCCUCCCCCCAUCCCGGGGCCUGGAACCCCCGUGACCCCCGCCAGCGCGCCCUCACAGACGCCGUGGUCGACUUCCUCUCCCACUCCCUCCAGCCCCUGUCUCUGGUCGAAGACCCCUCUUUCAAAACCCUCCUAAAACUCGCCCAGCCCUCCUUCUCCCUCCCCAGCCUGGAUCGCCUCCGAUACGAGGUCCUGCCCGCUAGGACGGCCAGCCUCUACUCCUCCGUCUCCUCCCGGCUCUCCAAAAUCCCCGGGCUGUGCCUGACUCUGGAUGUGUGGGCGGAGAGGGGGCGGGGCAGGGGGCGUGGUCAGUCGCUGGUGGUGGGUGUGGCCGGCCACUACAUCCAGGACUCUUCCUUUCGCCCGAGGAGCGUCCUGCUGGCUUGCAGGAGGGUGAGAGGCGGGUCGGUGGAGGAGCGGGAGGAGGGAGUUCUCUCGAACUACCAGGAGGUCGUCUCCAGUUUUGGACUAGAGGACAAAGUGGUGACCCUCAUCACGGGCAGCGGAGUCGACGACGGACCGCCGGUCAGGAUUCCUGGGUGGGAGGAAGAGGAGGAGGAGGAGGAGGAGGAGGAAGAGGACAGCGACGGCGAGAAUGGCGUCGGCACGGCGACCGAAGCCGCCUCCGACCCUGGCCCGCCCCUUUCCCCUCUGCCCCACUGCUUCCCCUGCUUCUCCCGUGCCCUGGAGUCCGUCGUGGGCGACGGGCUGAGAUGCGCCGGACACCCGACCUCCGCCGCCGUCCGCAGAGCCAGCAAGCUGCUCGCUGACCCGUCCCGUCGAGAGAUCGCCAGCCAGGGGCUUUUCAGUGACCCGCAGAGGCAGCGGCAGCAGCAGCAACAGCAGCAGCGGGGCUGGGCCGCCCAAGCCAGGGCUUUGAGAUCUGUCGUCCCGGAGAUCCCCGAAGAAGAAGAAGACGACGACGAAGAAGAAGAAGAAGAGUUGGACCAGAGCUGGCGGCCACUGCCUCAACCUCCUCCUUCUCCUGCCCCUCCUUCUCUUUCUCCUCCUUCUCCGGCAAACUUCCCAUCGGACCGGCUCUCCGACACGGAGCUCCAAGCCUUGCGGGAGCUCUUGGGAGUCCUGCGUCCGUUCGAGCUCGCGUUGGAGCAAGCGGAAGGGAGUGGAGGAGGAGGAGGAGGAGGGGAGGGAGGAGGAGGAGGAGGAAGGGGGACGGCCAGCUGCGUCCUGCCUUGCAUCCGAGGGCUGAGAGCCGAGCUGGAGGAGAUGGGGCGCCGCGGCGGAUCGGAGCCUCUGCUGCUGGCUCUGCGGUCCUCCGCGGAGAGCCGGCUGGCCGGGUACGAGGGGGAGGAAGCCUUCGUGCUGGCCGCCGCUCUGGACCCGCGCUGGAAGCUGGACUGGUGCUCCGGAGCGGCGGAGGCCCUGGAAGUCAAGAAGCUUCUGGCGGGGAAAGUUGCGGCGAUGGUGGCAUCGCCGGAACCAAAUCAGAAUCCUGUUUCUUCUACUCUCCAGACGCCUCCUCCUCCAAAGAAGAAGAAGAAGAGAAUGACGAAGGCGACGCAGACGCGUUCGGGUCUGUUCAGGUUCAUGGGGCGCUCGGCUCCAGAGAGUCCCCAGCUCGGAGGAGCAGCGUCCGGUUUCACCGCCUCCCAAGUGGAAGUCUACUUCAGCCAGCCUUGCAUCCCGGAAGACGCGGACCCGCUGGCUUUCUGGUACCACCACCAGGGGGCGCUGCCUCAUCUGGCGCACCUGGCCGCCAUGUACCUGGCCACGCCCGCUUCCCCGGCUCCCGUGCGGCGGCUCUUCUCGUUGAGCGGCGGGAAGACCUUCGGGCCCCUGGGGGCCUCUCUGUCGGAUUUCCGUUUCGAAGAGAUGAUGUUUCUCCGUUGCAACGGGAUGUGGAAGUGACAGCUGCGGCUUAAAAUCUCAAACCCUGUUGUUGUUGUUGUUAUUGUUGUGCUUCUAUAUCAAGUCAGAUAUUAUUUGUAUAUAGGGUCAAUGAUCUGGUAGUUAGAGAUAAACCAGGAGGUUCAAAAUCACCCGGCUCAGCCACUGACUCCCUGUGUGUGUGUGUGACCCUGAGCAAGUCACUGAACCUCCUUGUGCUCCGUCCUUCAGGAUGAGACGUCAAACAAACGAGCUCCUAUUGGAAGUGACUCUGCAGCAGCCACUGACUCCCUGUGUGUGUGUGACCCUGAGCAAGUCACUGAACCUCCUUGUUCUCCGUCCUUCAGGAUGAGACGUCAAACAAACGAGCUCCUAUUGGAAGUGACUCUGCAGCAGCCACUGACUCCCUGUGUGUGUGUGACCCUGAGCAAGUCACUGAACCUCCUUGUGCUCCGUCCUUCAGGAUGAGACGUCAAACAAACGAGCUCCUAUUGGAAGUGACUCUGCAGCAGCAGCAGCAGCAGUUGUUGAUGAUGCAGAGUUCACCCCCUUAGUCUCUGUAAGUCGCUUUGGGUAAAUGACUGAUUAAUAAUUAUAACGUCUGAUAAAAUUAUGUCUUAAAUAACA